CUCCCGAAGCUCCAUCAAGCUACGUAAGUUAGUUUUAACGAAGAAUACUUCUUCCUCCUCCUCCUCCUCCUCCUCCUCCUCCACCACCACCCAAGAUCGCGAUCGACUCGACCAACAAAAUUCCUUCGCCGUCAUGGAUUUGCGCACGAUUAUGAACAACGAUGCCUCGGCAACGUCGGACGCUCCAUCGACUGCUCCUCUCCAGUCUCCGUCGCAAGUGUCGCGUAAGCCUUCGGAUCCCAUGUAUGCUCCCCGCGACCAACAACGGACCUCCUCCUAUCCAUCUGCCUAUUCGAGUCAUCCCCCUCAGCCUCCACCCCUACAACGUCCUCAUGCCUCCCCAGAACGUUCUUCCUCCUAUGGAUCGCUCCAAUCGCCCUAUCAAUACCAUCCUCCCUCCGCACAGAGUGCAGGCGCACAAUCUCAGCGCGGCCCGAGUCCUCCCCCCUAUGGUUCCUCCGCCUCGCGUGACUCGUUCUCUUCUACCUAUGGCCAUCCCCAACAGCAACACCAACAGCAGCAGCAGUCGCCAUUCGCACAGCAGCGUUCGCAAUCCAUCCAGUCUGUUCUGACCCCCUCAUCCACCUCCACCUACUCAUUCCAUCCCAGGGAAAGCCCGCCAGCGGUUGCUUCACAGCCUUACCCGUCGCAGCAAUUCUCCCCUCCAGCCCAAGGAUCGGUACCAAAUACUCCGCGAGGCUCUGUUGCUGCAUCUCACACCCGUCAAACGCCCCCAUCUGCGCGCCCCCAAUCCUCCGGUCAUGAAUCCUUAUCAAAUCGUGCCUCAAGCCCGUGGGUUGGUCCGGAUGCUCAGGUUCAUAUGUCGCCAACAGCGAUGUCUCGUGUCUCGCGACAGGAUUCAAGACCGCUAGAACAAACCCCGCGGCAAAAUUCUUCGGCGACUGACAGAAGGGACUCGGAUGAGAGUGUUAGUCCGAAAACCGCUUUUCCUUCUGGGUCUCGGCAAGGGAGCACGGCCGGAUACACCGACCUAGCGUCCUCUUCUCAACCGAAGCCCACCGAAAAUGGUAUCUCCUUGAAGGAGAACCCGCUCAACCUCCAAACCUCCCAGCCUGCCCCAGCAGUCUCAAACUUUGACAGCUCACCGCCCGCGCGAAAGUCUCUGACAGACGAUACCUCCGCGAUCGAUCAAGCCCGUUCGUUGCCCACAAAGAUGGAUCUGACUCCGGAUGCAAGGGCCAAUUCAAGUCCGCAAGCACCCAGAGUGAAGAGGAGGCGUUAUGAAGAACCGCCAAUCUAUGCUCAAAGAUCGGUACGCACCAAAGGGAGGAUUCCGAUGAUCCCGAACCGUUGUCCACCGAUCCCGAAGCAUGCGAGAGAUUCAACGCAAAAUCCUUUCGUGAUGCGCCAACAAAACGUUUCAGCCCAGGCUUCCGCUGCAGAUUCUCCGGUCAAACCCAAAAGCGAGACACCACCCACUAAUGGCCCUUCGGCCCCCCGGCGACCUCCAGAGCCUGCUCAGGCAGGAAGCUUAGGACCAUGGGAACCCUCUAUCUAUGGGUACAUCCCCCACGAGGAGGUUACAAAAACGGUCUGCGAUUUCUUGUUCCAGCAUGUGGUUCUAAGGAACGAUGCGACCGCGGCUCCUGCUGGUACGGCGGCAGCCGGCCAGGGAGCAAUGAUCGAGGUUGAAGCCAAGCUGGGACAGCUCGUUGACAUGGACAGGGGUGAGAGACUUCUCUUGCCUAUCUCGACCGAAGGUAUUGUGAAUAAGGAAAACACUCGCUUGCGAACUGCGUUCGAGAGCACAAUGACAAUUGCACAACAUCGGGCAAUGAAUAACUUCCUGAACGAAGCCGUGAAGAUGUCCAUGCCGCAAGCUAACCCAGGACGCAUUCCACUAUCUUACGCACACAAGAAGGAGCGAGAUACCUUUUACGAAAUAUCACCAUCAGAGCUUCCACCUGUCAUUCGACAGAAUCUUAACCCUCGCCACAAACCAAAAGUGCGAGUAACUUUAGACCAACGAACGGGUGAGGUCCUCGCAAAGAUUGUGAAAUGCCGAAUUGCCGACCUUGAUGUCUACAGCCCUCGCACAUGUGUCGAUUGGCGAAUUAGCGUCAACCUGGAAAUGAGCUACGAGGGCGAUGUUAGCCACCUCACCGUGGUAGAUCCCGGUCGUGGACGCGGCGGAGAUCGAAACAAGGAUCGUAUGAGCUAUCGACAUCUGGCAUACCAGAUCGACCUUACACAAGUGGCCAAAUCAGAACCAUCAUCCAAAGGUGAAUUCGAGCAUGAACUCGAAGUUGAAAUCUCCGCCGAUGAGAUCCGCCGUCAGGGUCAGCUCGCCAUGGCUGGCGACCCUAAGAACCAAUACGAGGAGCUUGUCAAGGGGUUUGUGGAUAAUAUUCGCAUCCUGGCACGAGCAGUGCCUCCUUAAAUCCAUUCAAUGCCCCUUAGAAUUGUUGUUGAUCGGGUUUGCAUCGCACACUACGCCGUGGAAUGUUUUUUUUUUUUUUCUCUCCCUCUUACAUAAUAUAGAACGACGACGGCCCUGAAGAUCCUAAAGGAGAACAAAUGGAUCUACGAGAGCUGCAUAUGGAAAAGAAAAGUCAAAGUUUAUAUGUUACAUUCUCUGCCGGAUUGGUUUACUUUACACCCAUAUGUUUUAAUAACCCUCUACACAUAUCCUUCUCAUGGAAAGAGAUGAUGAAUGAUGCGUCACGCCCUUUGUUUUCUCUCCGCCAGCUUUUUUCUCUCCAUACCUUUUUCACUUUUUCGUUCUUUCCUUCUCCCUCCUCCCCGUCCAUCUUUCUUGAUCUACAUCCAGCUGUUCAGAGUACAAAUGGAUUUCUCAUGGUUAGGAACAUGAUUUUCCAUUUCUCUCCCCCAUCACCUCACCCAUUCUUGUGACAUUAUUUACGACUUGUAUAAUCUACUUGAAUACAGUGCCUUGUAUCAAACAGAGGGUUUGUUAAUAUAUAUAUAUUAUGACCAAAUCCACAGCUAACUCUAAAGCCUG